AUGCAGCAAUCAAAGCCCACGACUGAGAUUGUCGAGGACAGGAGCCCGGAGGUUCCAACACACACAGUCUCCAAAGGCAGCGAUGGCCAAGUUCUGCGUUCCAGCAUCGACAACUUGUCGGUAUGGAAAAGUGUUGGUCGCUUCAAAAAGGUGGGCUUCAUUGCCAUGCUGGCCGCCUUUUCAGCAUCCCUCGACGGCUACCAAAUCAACCUGAAUGGCGGCAUCGUCUCAAACAAGGGCUUCAUCAGGCAGUUCGCCACGACCGGAACCACCAUCAUCGACGGGAAAUACGUCUCCGCCUGGGGUGGCAUCCAAUCUGCCGGCCAAACCAUCGGCCAAAUUCUCCUGCAAUAUGCCACCGAGGGUUAUGGCAGAAAGUCGGCCAUGAUGAUCAUCUGGGUUGUUCUCACGGCUAGCAUCUUUGUAGAGACGUUUGCGAGUAACUGGAAACACUGGCUGGUCGCCAAGCUCCUUUCUGGAAUGGGCGUCGGCAUGCUGCAGUCCACCAUACCACUCUACCUGUCGGAGAUUUCGCCCACGCAGCUCAGGGGAUUCUUCAUCAACGCAUACACAUUCUGGUUCGUCCUAGGACAGCUCUUCGCCUCAGUGGCCCUCAACAGACUCAACGCCAGCGACCCUUACGACUUCAAAGUAGCCAUCUAUACUCAAUGGGGCAUGAUUGGCGUCAUUCUAAUCAUAUUCAUCAUCCUUCCCGAGUCACCCUGGUGGCUAGCUAGUAAGGGAAAGACAAAAAAAGCCUCCAAGGUGCUGCAUCUGUGCUACUCAGACGUCGAGGGUUACGAUGUGCCUCAGCAGAUUGGAAUCAUGACAUCUACCGUUGCCAUUGAGCGCGACCAGGCCGAGAGGGACUCAGAGGUGGGACACUGGGCCAUCUUCCAAGGCCGAAACCUUCUCCGCACCAUCAUCUCGGGUUGGCCCAAGAUUACGCAGCAGUUUGUUGGUCUGGCCGUCUUCAACACCUAUGCUACGUAUUUCUUUCAAUAUGCCGGGAGCAAGGAUCCGUUCCUGGUGACACUCAUCCUGUCUUGUGUGCAGCUUGUUUCCAUGAUCCUGACGGCCACUCUGACUGACCAGUUUGGCCGACGCCCUCUUACCGUUUACCCGUAUGCCGUGACGGUGGUGUCGGUCUUGUGUCUCGGUAUCAUCGGAUGCUUUGACUACACCGCAAAGGCGACAUCUUCACUUCUGAUCUUCUUUGCGUGCUUGGCAACGUUUUCUACAACCGGUGCUUCAGCCAUCGGAUACGCAUAUGCAGCCGAGAUUCCACAGCAGCGGCUUCGUGCACAGACAGCUGGUUGGUCCCUGGCUGUGUCCAACGCUGUGGCCAUCAUGUUUAGCUUCUGCACUCCUCUCAUGAUCAACGGCGGAUCUACCAAAUGGGGAGUGAAGACUGGGUUUUUCUUCGCAGGUGCCGGUACUGUCGCUGUAAUCAUCGCAUGGUUCAUCCUUCCGGAGGUGACCCGGAGAACCCCGGCCGAGAUUGAUGAAAUGUUCGAGAAGAGGGUUAAUCUCCGAAAGUUCGACAAGUAUGUCACGGAGGCUGAAGUUCACUCCAAUGAGCUUCAGGAUACGAAACAAAUGGAAGCAUGA